GAUCAGAAUUUCGUGGACCUCAUUGCGUCUUUGAAAUUGGUUGAUCUCCAGGAGCUUGCUCUUUCUACACGCCGUCUCCUUUCCAUCACAAGUAUCGACGAAAAUCUGUCAUGUUCAUUAGAGCUACCCCCUCUCGAAGGCGGUUUCCACGUCUUCUACAAGGUCUCUUUCUCCGAUGGCGUUUGCUGGGGCAUUCGCAUAGCAUUGGAUGAACGGACGCCCUCUGCGGCUCGUUCCAUGCAGCUCGAUAUCGCUGCCCAACGCUACAUCACUUCUCACACCUCUAUCCCUAUUCCUUCGAUCCAUCACUUCUCCUUGGAUUGCGACAACCCGAUAUCACACCCCUUCACUAUCAUGGAUUUCAUACCUGGUACCCCGCUAUCUAAGUCCUUGGCAAACAAGGAAUGGAUGACGAACACCAAGCGUACCUACAUCUUCGAACAACUCGCAAAGUGGAUGACGGAGCUAUCUUCCCUAGAAUUCGACGAAAUCGGUCCACUCGAUGUCGACCCUACUACCGGCGUAGCACACGUAGUUCCCUUUCCGGAUGGAUCCUCCUUGGUCAAAACUGAACUUGGAGACUCCAGCGCAGUACAGGGUUCACAGCGAGUUGCGCAGAGUGCCGGUCCUUUCUCCUCCACCCAUGCGCUCCUCUCGUAUCAACUCUCCCUCAGACGUCAAACCGAGGACUCUCCCAAGCUUCGUCUACUGCAGCUCUUUUCCACCGCUCUUCUUGAUCCCGAGCUCGACGGUCCUCCUUUCACACUUCGGCCCCCUGACUUCGAGUCCCAAAACGUUCUGGUCACUGACGAUGGCACGAUAACGGCACUCAUAGACUGGGAUGGCGUUUGCACAUGCCCGCGCCAGGGUGGUGCAGCCGCGUACCCAUCUUGGCUCACGACCGAUUGGGACCCUCUUUACUACGGCUGGUACGAGGGGGCAUCAGCAGAGCACAAUGCGAGAUACGACUCACCGGCGGAGCUCGCGAGCUAUCGAGAGAUGUAUCUGGAAGCAAUAGAUCGUGCAUCAGGAGGGAAGCUGACGCACAUAACGCGGAACUCUCACAUAUACGAAUCGCUGAGCAUUGGCGUGGGCUCGCCAGAGACAACGAUUGCGAUGGUAUUGCAUCUGGGGAAGUAUGUUUGGGGUCCGGGGUUGAGUUUUGAUGUCAUGGAUAGGAUAGGGAAUGGUCCGUGGUUCAAUCAAGGGAAAGGUGAAAUUGCACGUGUU